AUGGAAGGAAGAGUCAAUGAGAGUGACGAAGUGGCGGCGUACCGCCACCACGACGAUGAUGAAGACUACGACGAGGAGGAAGUGGCGGCGUUGUACUGGUUGCCGGCGGAGCUGUGGGCCAUGGUGUGCGAAUACCUGGGCACGGGCGACCUGGCCCGGCUGAGCACCACGUGCUGGACCCUGCGCUCGCACGCCCUCGCCAAAGGCCUGCUGGCGCACACCGCCGACGCCCACUUCCUGGUGCUCUACAGCUCGCGAGGCAAGCGGCUCGACAACCGCCUGCCCGAGGUGGCCGCCGCCCACGGAUUCGACUGCAGCGUGGCCAUGCACCUCCCGCCCCACGCCACCACCGCACCACCAUCAGCCUCCGAUGACCAAAGCCCCGACGAGCCCAUGCGUCUGUGCACCUUCACCCGCAAGACCCGGGCCUGA